AUGAGCAGCCUGUAUGUAGAACAAAAGGUGGAACCCGAAAAGAUUAAGGAGGAGAAAAUUAAUGUGAACGUAAAUAAAAUAUUAUACAAAGCUCAUAAGAAUAUAAAAAAAGAAAAGAUAAAGAAUCCAUCAAAAAGGAUAGAUUAUUUAUGUGUUGAUAAAAAUGACUUACCGAAAAAUUUACCAAAUACAAAGAAUAUUAAGAAUAGGAAAUUAAAAAACCAAUUAAACAAAGAUGUAAAGUUAGCUAUAUUGUCUUCAAAAAAAUUAUUGGCAAAUACAAAAUUUAUGCCUCUGAAAGAGGGAUAUAUUAAAUACAAUUCUGUGAAUGAACCAAAAGUUCAUAUUGCUCCUUCAAAAGAUGAAGAAGAUGAAAAAGAAAAAAAGAAAAAAAAAAAGAAAAAAAAAAAAAAAAAAAACGAAUUGAUAGAUUCAAAAGAAAUAGAAACAACAAAUAAUGAUAAUAAUAACAUGAAUAAUAUUAAUAGUUGUAAUCGUAAUGAUCUUGAUUUUAAUACUUAUAAAAAUUACAUAAUUGAGAAGGAAGGUAUUAAUUAUUUAGCACCUUCUGAUGAAGAAGAUAAUAAAAAUAGGCGAGCUAGCCAAAAAUAUAUUUAUGAUAAUGCUGAUGUGGGUACUCAAAAAAAAGUAUUUGAUUUGAAAUUAAAUAUGGGUCCAUAUUCAUGUACUUAUACAAGAAAUGGAAAAUAUUUAUUAAUGACAGGAGUAAAAGGACAUGUAAGUUUGAUAGAUACACAUAAUUUAGAAAGUUUAUGUGAGUUUCAAGUUGAUGAAAUGAUUAGAUGUAAUACAACAUUACAUAAUUAUAAGCUUUUUGCGGUUAGUCAAAAAAAGUAUAUGUAUAUAUAUGAUAAUACUGGAAUGGAAAUAAAUUGUAUAAAAGAUAUAUUAUAUACAUAUAAUAUGGUAUUUUUACCAUAUCAUUUUUUAUUAACAUCGAUUGGUGAAUUUGGUGAAUUGGUUUAUCAGGAUAUAUCGGUUGGUAAUAUUGUAACUAGAAAAAAAACAAAAAGAGGACCAUGUUCUAUUAUGAAACAAAAUAAAAAAGAUGCUAUAAUAUAUUUAGGUCAUAAAAAUGGACAUGUUACUUUAUGGUCACCAAAUAUUGAUAAAAGUAUAUGUGAUAUAUUUUGUCAUCAUACACCCAUAUCUUCUAUAGGAGUUCAUGAAAAUUAUUUAAUAACAGCAUCAGUAGAUUCAACAUAUAAAUUAUGGGACAUAAGAAAAAUGGAAUAUAUAAAAUCAUAUAAAUCACAUAAUAUUAUUAAUAAUAUUGAUAUAAGUGAUACAUCCCUAGUAGCAUUUUCAAUGAAUACACAUUUUAGAACAUAUAAAAAUCUUUUUACAAAUCCACAAUUAUAUAUAACUCAUAAUAUAUAUGGAGAUCAAAUUAAUUCCAUAUCCUUUCAACCCUUUGAAGAUAUUUGUUCCUUAGGUUUAAAACACUCAAUAAAAACACUUCUCGUACCAGGAGCGGGUAUAGCUAACAUAGAUACCUUCUUUAAUAACCCAUAUGAAACAAAAAAACAAGUAAGAGAAAAUGAAGUCAAAUUGUUAUUAGAUAAACUACCAGCUGAUACUAUCAAAUUUAAUACAGACCAAAUAGGAAACAUAAACCCAUAUCUCAUAAACCAUAAUGAACAAAAAAAUGAUACAAAUGUGUAUAAUAAAAACAACAUGAAAAAGAAAAAUAAAAAAAAUAUAAAAAAUAAAAAAAAUUUAAAAAAUAAUAAAAAUGAAGAAAAUAUAAAUCGUAUGCACAAACAAUCUGAACACGAAACGGAUUAA